AUGGGUUGCUCAGGAUCGAAGAACGCAUCUAACCCCAAGGAUGGUGCCGCCAGUAAGGGUGGAAAGGACGGGAAAACUACUGCGGACCGGAAGGUUGCGUGGGAGCGUAUUCGGUGUGCGAUUCCCCGUGACAAGGAUGCUGAGUCGAAAAGCCGUCGCAUUGAACUCUUCAAGCGGUUUGACACGAAUGGGACUGGAAAACUCGGCUUCAGGGAGGUGCUUGAUGGUUGCUACAGUGUACUCAAGUUGGAUGAGUUCACGACUCACCUUCCUGACAUUGUCCAGCGUGCGUUUGACAAAGCGAAGGACCUCGGCAACAAGGUAAAGGGUGUGGGUGAAGAGGAUCUUGUGGAGUUCCUUGAAUUCCGCCUGAUGCUUUGCUACAUCUAUGAUAUCUUUGAGUUGACUGUAAUGUUCGACACCAUGGAUAAGGAUGGAAGUUUGUUGAUUGAGCUACAGGAGUUCAAGGAAGCCUUGCCGAAAUUGAAGGAGUGGGGUGUUGAUAUCACUGACGCUACCACUGUGUUUAAUGAGAUCGACACUAAUGGAUCUGGUGUUGUGACAUUCGAUGAAUUCUCAUGCUGGGCUGUCACUAAAAAGUUGCAGGUAUGUGGCGAUCCUGAUGGUGAGGGGAACGGAGCAAAUGAAGGUGACGGGGCAAAUGCAGGGGAUGGAGUUCCUGCGGCCGAGGGUUCUGCCUAG